AUGGCGGAACAUUUGGCAUCAAUAUUUGGGACGGAGAAGGAUCGAGUAAAUUGCCCGUUCUACUUCAAGAUCGGUGCGUGCCGACACGGGGACCGGUGUUCCAGGCUCCAUACCAAGCCCAGCAUAAGUCCAACAAUAUUGUUGUCUAACAUGUACCAGCGGCCUGACAUGAUCACUCCUGGUGUUGAUUCUCAGGGUCAGCCCAUCGACCCUAAAGCGAUACAGGAACAUUUCGAGGAUUUUUAUGAAGAUUUGUUUGAGGAGCUCAACAAGUAUGGAGAGAUUGAAAGCUUGAACAUCUGCGACAAUUUGGCUGACCACAUGGUUGGCAAUGUUUAUGUCCAGUUCAGAGAGGAAGAGCAUGCUGCAAAUGCAGUGAAAAAUCUGACUGGCAGAUUUUAUGCUGGACGGCCCAUCAUUGUUGAUUUCUCUCCGGUUACUGAUUUUCGUGAAGCUACCUGUAGGCAGUAUGAUGAGAAUACUUGCAAUCGUGGUGGGUACUGCAACUUUAUGCAUCUGAAAAGAAUUAGCAGGGAAUUGAGACGCCACUUGUUUGGGAGAUACAAGAGGAGGCGUAGCAGAAGCAGAAGCCCUUACAGGCACCGUAGCUAUGAAGAGAGCUCUCAUAGCCAUCGCAGUCAUAGGAGGAGAUAUGAUGAUCGCGAUUACCAUGAGGGUCGCAGCGGGAGGCGCAGAAGUACAAGUCCUAUUCGUAAGAGAGGGAAAAGGAAGAGGCGGAACGUUCUAACAAGGGAAAUGCUGGUGAGGCUGAUGAUAGAAAUGAAAAUGAUGACCGUGGUAAUGUGCACAAUGGAUAUCGGUACUAUGACCAGGAGCCACCACUUCAAAGUUGAUAUGGGUACUGAUGAUUUGAGCACUGGUGUUUCGGUGAACAAGUCCGACAGUUUGGUUUGA